AUGAUUGCACUUGUGUAUCCAGUUCAAGCUGCGAUCAGCAGCUUAGAGAAGCUGUGCGAGAGCGCCGAGGCUCAGAUGACGUCUAACUGCAUCCCUCCGCUGACCUGCUCCAUAUCCAGCCUGCAGCAGACCAACUGCUGCGUCGCGAACUCUGUCGGCGGCAUUUCGAACUCUGGGCCUUUGCCUCCACCCCACAUCAUCCCUCCCCUGAUGGGUGUGGGCAACUCCCCCCCUCACAUGGGUCCCCCAGACCCUACCCCUGUAACAUCCAUAGACCCCGUGGGUCUGAUGGGUCCCGGCAGACCCAUAGAGUACAGAGGCAGUCUGGUGCGCGCGGCGCGGUGUCUGCUGGCGAGCGUCACGCGAGUCUUGCUGCUGGCAGACACUGUCGUGGUCAAGCAGCUGCUACUCGCCAAGGACAAGAUUAGCCACUCGAUGUCGCGGCUGGAAAGCGUGACGAACUUCACGGAGUUCGUGUCGGCGUUCAGCCAGUUUGGCGGGGAGAUGGUGGAGCUAGCGCACCUCUCAGCAGACCGCCAGAACGACCUCAAGGAUGAGAGACGAAGGGCUCAGAUGACCGCCGCUAGGAAGGUGCUUGACAGAAGCACGAUGCUGCUGCUAGUCGCCUCCAAGGUGUGUUUAAGACACCCCGAGUGCGUGACGUCACGGGAGAACCGCGACACGGUCUUCUGCCAGAUGCGGCGCGCCAUGGACCUCAUCCACUACGUCGUCAAGGACGGCGUCCUCGAGACGGACUCAGAACAGCUCAAGAUGAACGGCCACAGCCCUCCUGUCGAGCCGCAGGGCGUCUUCAGAACCAGACAAGACGACUGGGACGUGACACAGACGAUGUACGGCGCCAUUAGAAGGUUGGAGGACAACGUCGAGAUGACCAGAAUGACGCUCUUCGGCGCUGCCGUGCGCGACAGAUUAUGUCUGGCUGUGGACACGAUCAGCGAAUGUUCGCAGGACUUCACAGACUCUGCGUACACGAGCCACGAACACCGCGAGAACAUCAUCCUCCUGGCGGACAGAAUACGACUGCAGCUCAACCAACUCCUCAGAGUCGGUGUCAGCUUAGAACAGAAAGAAGUUUUGUCGCCGAGCGCCGACCUGGACGCUGCGAUCAGCGCUGUGCUCACCGCCACCGGCGACCUGCGAACCGAACUCCACAACACGGCGCUUGAGCAGGCUGCCGAGAUCGUGCGUGGAGGCUGCGAGGUGAGCGAGCUCAUGAGUGCCCUCAAGAACUCAGGUCUGGCCACGGACCAGGAGAGACUGGACGAGUACUCGGACCGCUUCCUCGAGCACAUCGAGCACAUACAAGAGGUCUGUAAGCUGCUCCGGCACGUGGCACCGACGGAGGCGCUGCAGGUCGCCGCCAAGUACAGCGAGAUCAACCUGAAGAUCUACGGCCCGCAGGUGGUCACCGCCGCCCAGACGCUCUGUCUCUACCCCACUUCAAAAAUCGCCAAGGAAAAUGUUGAAGUUUUCUGCAACGUGUGGUUGAACCUUGUCGGCGAUGUCAAGCUUCUCACCAAAGACAUCAACGACCAAAUACUUGCUGAGGACAAACCUGCUGAGAAGCAAGUCUACAUGUCCCUGCCAAGACCUGGGAAGCAUGGCACUACGACUAAAGCACCCAAGCCUACGAGAUUAGAUCAAGAGGAGCAAGCGAAACUGGCUAAGUCUGGGCUAGAUAUGAAGAUGGCUUCAUCCGAGGUGGACCAAGAGGCGGAGAAAUGGGAAGAGAGAAUAAGUCAGGAUGAAGACAACGACAUCGUGAAGCGCGCCAAGAACAUGUCGUCCAUGGCCUUCUCCAUGUACCAGUUCACGAGAGGCGAGGGAGCCUUGCGCACCACCCAGGACCUCUUCACGCAGGGGGAAUACUUCGCUGAAGAAGCUAACAGACUCUACAAAGUCGUGAGACAGUUCUCGUACCAGCUCAAGUCGCAGGUGCCAUCAGGACCUCACAAGAAGGAGCUCAUGGAGUACCUGGACCAGAUCCCCACUCACGUGCAGCUGCUGCAGUACUCCGUCAAGAACCCGACGGUUGGCAAGGCCGCCACCUUCACAAAAGUAGACACCGUCAUCCAGGAGACCAAGAAUCUCAUGAACGUUAUUUCUAAAGUCGUCACGACCUGCUUCGUAUGCGCCACUAAGUACAACCUGGACUUCCGAGGCCUGAGUCCUCGGGGAGGCGGACGAGGUUCCUCCCAAUACCGGACAGAUGGGGACGACGUGGGUGGUAGUGGGGGCGAG